AUGGCGCUCUGGGACGACAAGACGGCGCCGAUCAUCGACGGCGAACCUUGGGACUGGGGCGUGCACACGGCGUGUCUGCGCGAGCACAUCCUUCGCGCGCAGCACCGCUUCAAGAAGCAGGCCGACCAACACUGCACCGAGCGCUCCUUUGAAGUGGGCGAUUCCGUCCUCCUAAAGCUCCAGCCCUAUGCCCAAUCAUCGGUGGCCAACAGACCUUGCGCGAAGCUGGCAUACAAGUACUUUGGCCCGUUCACGGUGCUCGCCAAGAUCGGCAACCUGGCGUACAAGCUCGAGCUCCCGACGGAUAGCAAGAUCCACCCCGUCUUCCAUGUGUCCCAGCUCAAGCCGUUCACCCCCAAGUACACUCCGGUCUUCUCCGAGCUGCCACGACCCACGGACCUCGCCGGCACUUCUGAUGAGCCGAUGGAGAUCGUGGAACGCCGCAUGGUCAAGCACGGCAACAGCGCUCUCGUGCAGGUCAGAGUUCGCUGGAAGAACGACGCCACGGCCACGACUUGGGAGGACUACGACACUCUCCGCCAUCGCUUUCCGCAAGCUCCAGCAUGGGAUGCACCACCGGCCAGCGACACCGAACAACAGGCAUCUCCUGAAGACGGCGCUAGUUCUCAAGGGGUGGGGAAUGUCACACCUGCAUCACCAGUGGUGGAUGCGGUGGACGUGUGA